GAAUCUCACUCUGUCGCCCAGGCUGGAGGGCAGUGGUGUGAUCUUGGCUCAUUGCAAGCUCUGCCUCCUGGGUUCACGCCAUUCUCCCGCCUCAGCCUCCUGAGUAGCUGGGACUACAGGCGCCCGCCACCACGCCUGGCUAAUUUUUUUGUAUUUUUAGUAGAGACGGGGUUUCACCGUGUUAGCCAGGAUGAUCUCGAUCUCCUGACCUCGUGAUCCGCCCGCCUUGGCCUCCCACAGUGCUGGGAUUACAGAUGUGAGCCACUGCGCCUGGCCAACCAAGAUGUAAUAAGUAAUAAAAGCGAGAUACAGAACAGUGUGUUUAUAGUAUGCCACCAUUUACGUAGGGGAAAAAGUGUGAGUGUAUGUAUGUGUAGGAUAUUUCUAAAGGACACUCUAGAAACUAGUAACUUUGGUUGCCUUCUGGGAGUGUAACUGGGUAGCAGCUGGAGGAGAAGGGCGAGGAGAUUUUUCACUUUAUAUUCUGUGGUACUUUUUAAGUCCUGCAUAUAAUAUUUAUUUCCAAAAAGAUCAACCCUCCCCACAAUGCCACAUGUUGGCUUUUCCCCUUCCACCUGGAGCAGUUAGUUGCAGGUGUAUAGAUGAGGAGAAAGCUCCUCAGGUGGUUUUAAUGUGUGGUCUCACUGAACAUCUCAGCUCCUCCUAGUUCACUGCUUGCUGAGAAAGCUGCAAAGCAUUGCAGAAGACAUUAGUUUUUCCCAUUUUGCCACUGACAGUUUUGUGAUAUUAGAGGAAUUAUUGACUUUCUCUAUCUUCAGAUUUCUCACCUGUCAAAUCAGUGUUAGUUGGGUAAUCUCAACCUUCCAAUCCUUAAGAUUUGCUGAUCUCCAUGCCUCAGGAAGGGAGCAGGGAGAAAACAGACUGAGGGACAGCUGGUCAGUCUUCUGAGUCUUCUCCUCCUGGUCAGCUUUCACAACAGCAGGAAACGUGAUAUCAGGAGGAAGGAUGGUUGUUUCCUAGAAACAUGAUUGUUUAUUGGCGUUGAUCUCACAGUCUGGUGAGGACUUCUUUACUGAUAAUGUCAAGUUCAGGUUAUCCUCCCAACCAAGGAGCAUUCAGCACAGAACAAAGUCGUUAUCCUCCUCACUCUGUCCAGUAUACAUUUCCCAGCACCCGCCACCAGCAGGAGUUCGCAGUCCCUGAUUAUCGUUCCUCUCAUCUUGAAGUGAGUCAGGCAUCACAGCUUUUGCAGCAACAGCAGCAGCAACAGCUUCGAAGGCGACCUUCCUUGCUUUCAGAAUUUCACCCAGGUUCUGACAGGCCUCAAGAAAGGAGAACUAGUUAUGAACCGUUUCAUCCAGGCCCAUCCCCAGUGGAUCAUGAUUCACUGGAAUCGAAGCGACCACGUCUGGAACAGGUUUCUGAUUCUCAUUUUCAGCGUGUCAGUGCUGCGGUUUUGCCUUUAGUGCACCCACUGCCAGAAGGGCUGAGGGCUUCUGCAGAUGCUAAAAAGGAUCCAGCAUUCGGAGGCAAACAUGAAGCUCCAUCCUCUCCAAUUUCGGGGCAACCAUGUGGAGAUGAUCAAAAUGCUUCACCUUCAAAACUUUCAAAGGAAGAGUUAAUACAGAGUAUGGAUCGUGUAGAUCGAGAAAUUGCAAAAGUAGAACAGCAGAUCCUUAAACUGAAAAAGAAACAACAACAGCUUGAAGAAGAGGCAGCUAAACCUCCUGAGCCUGAGAAGCCUGUGUCCCCUCCUCCUGUGGAGCAGAAACACCGCAGUAUUGUCCAAAUUAUUUAUGAUGAGAAUCGGAAAAAAGCAGAAGAAGCUCAUAAAAUUUUUGAAGGUCUUGGCCCAAAAGUUGAACUGCCACUCUAUAACCAGCCAUCAGAUACCAAGGUGUACCAUGAGAACAUCAAGACAAACCAGGUGAUGAGGAAAAAACUCAUUUUAUUUUUUAAAAGAAGAAAUCAUGCAAGAAAACAAAGGGAACAAAAAAUCUGCCAGCGUUAUGAUCAGCUCAUGGAGGCAUGGGAGAAAAAAGUGGACAGAAUAGAAAAUAAUCCUCGGAGGAAAGCUAAAGAAAGCAAAACAAGGGAAUACUAUGAAAAGCAGUUUCCAGAAAUUCGAAAACAAAGAGAACAGCAAGAAAGAUUUCAGCGAGUUGGGCAGAGGGGAGCUGGUCUUUCAGCCACCAUUGCUAGGAGUGAGCAUGAGAUUUCUGAAAUUAUUGAUGGGCUCUCUGAGCAGGAGAAUAAUGAGAAACAAAUGCGGCAGCUCUCUGUGAUUCCACCUAUGAUGUUUGAUGCAGAACAAAGACGAGUCAAGUUCAUUAACAUGAAUGGGCUUAUGGAGGACCCUAUGAAAGUUUAUAAAGAUAGGCAGUUUAUGAAUGUUUGGACUGACCAUGAAAAGGAGAUCUUUAAGGACAAGUUUAUCCAGCAUCCAAAAAACUUUGGACUAAUUGCAUCAUACUUGGAGAGGAAGAGUGUUCCUGAUUGUGUUUUAUAUUACUAUUUAACCAAGAAAAAUGAGAAUUAUAAAGCCCUAGUCAGAAGGAAUUAUGGGAAACGCAGAGGCAGAAACCAGCAGCAAAUUGCUCGACCCUCACAAGAAGAAAAAGUAGAAGAAAAAGAAGAGGAUAAAGCAGAAAAAACAGAAAAAAAAGAAGAAGAAAAGAAAGAUGAAGAAGAAAAAGAUGAAAAAGAAGACUCCAAAGAAAAUACCAAGGAAAAGGACAAGAUGGAUGGUAUAGCAGAAGAAACUGAGGAAAGAGAGCAAGCCACACCCCGGGGGCGAAAGACUGCCAACAGUCAGGGCCGCCGUAAGGGCCGGAUCACUAGGUCCAUGACAAACGAAGCUGCAGCUGCCAGUGCUGCAGCCGCAGCGGCCACUGAAGAGCCCCCACCACCUCUGCCACCGCCACCAGAACCCAUUUCUACAGAGCCUGUGGAGACCUCUCGAUGGACAGAAGAAGAAAUGGAAGUUGCUAAAAAAGGUCUAGUAGAACAUGGUCGUAACUGGGCAGCAAUUGCUAAAAUGGUGGGAACGAAAAGUGAAGCUCAAUGUAAAAACUUCUAUUUUAAUUAUAAAAGGCGACACAAUCUUGACAACCUCUUACAGCAGCAUAAACAGAAAACUUCACGAAAACCUCGUGAAGAGCGAGAUGUGUCUCAAUGUGAAAGUGUCGCUUCCACUGUUUCUGCUCAGGAGGAUGAAGAUAUUGAAGCCUCCAAUGAAGAAGAAAAUCCAGAAGACAGCGAAGGUGCAGAAAAUAGUUCUGAUACAGAAAGUGCUCCUUCUCCUUCACCAGUUGAAGCUGUCAAGCCCAGCGAGGACAGUCCUGAAAAUGCUACUUCUCGAGGAAACACAGAACCUGCGGUUGAGCUUGAGCCCACCACGGAAACUGCACCCAGUACAUCUCCCUCCUCAGCAGUUCCAAGUACAAAACCAGCUGAAGAUGAAAGUGUGGAGACCCAGGUGAAUGACAGCAUCAGUGCUGAGACAGCAGAGCAGAUGGACGUAGAUCAGCAGGAGCACAGUGCCGAAGGGGGUUCUGUUUGUGAUCCCCCGCCCACUACCAAAGCUGACUCUGUGGAUGUUGAAGUGAGGGUGCCAGAAAACCAUGCAUCUAAAGUUGAAGGUGAUAAUACCAAAGAAAGAGACUUGGAUAGAGCCAGUGAGAAGGUGGAACCUAGAGAUGAAGAUUUGGUGGUAGCUCAGCAAAUAAAUGCCCAAAGGCCCGAGCCCCAGUCAGACAAUGAUUCCAGUGCCACGUGCAGCGCUGAUGAGGAUGUGGAUGGAGAGCCAGAGAGGCAGAGAAUGUUUCCUAUGGACUCAAAGCCUUCACUGUUAAACCCCGCUGGAUCUAUACUAGUCUCAUCCCCAUUAAAACCAAAUCCACUGGAUCUGCCACAGCUUCAGCAUCGAGCUGCUGUUAUCCCACCAAUGGUAUCCUGCACCCCAUGUAACAUACCAAUUGGAACCCCAGUGAGUGGCUAUGCUCUCUAUCAGCGACACAUUAAAGCAAUGCAUGAGUCAGCACUCCUGGAGGAGCAGCGGCAGAGACAAGAACAGAUAGAUUUGGAAUGUAGAAGUUCUACAAGUCCAUGUGGCACAUCCAAGAGUCCAAACAGAGAGUGGGAAGGAAAAUCAGUCGCCUAUAUGCCUUAUGCUGAGGUCAAACGUGCUCUAGAACAGGAAGCACAGAUGCACAAUACUGCAGCAAGGUCAGCCUCACCGUGUAGGCUUUCUCCAAGAGAAGUCAGUAAAGCCGCUCCACAGCCUGAUAUGAGUGCAGCCCGCUAUAGUGUCCCGCCAGUCCUUCAGCCUGCUCCACAUCAAGUGAUAACUAAUCUCCCUGAAGGCGUUCGGCUUCCGACAACUCGACCAACCAGGCCACCGCCCCCUCUUAUCCCGUCAUCCAAAACCACAGUGGCUUCAGAAAAACCAUCUUUUAUAAUGGGAGGCUCCAUCUCACAGGGAACACCAGGCACUUAUUUGACUUCUCAUAAUCAAGCUUCCUACACUCAAGAAACACCCAAGCCCUCAGUGGGAUCUAUCUCUCUUGGACUGCCACGGCAACAGGAAUCUGCCAAAUCAGCUACUUUGCCCUACAUCAAGCAGGAAGAAUUUUCUCCCCGAAGCCAAAACUCACAACCUGAGGGUCUGUUGGUCAGGGCCCAACAUGAAGGUGUAGUCAGAGGUACUGCAGGAGCCAUACAAGAAGGAAGUAUAACUCGGGGAACUCCAACCAGCAAAAUUUCAGUGGAGAACAUUCCAUCCCUACGGGGCUCUAUCACUCAGGGCACCCCGGCUCUGCCCCAGACUGGCAUACCAACAGAGGCUUUGGUGAAGGGGUCCAUUUCUAGAAUGCCCAUUGAAGACAGCAGUCCCGAGAAAGGCAGAGAGGAAGCUGCAUCCAAAGGCCAUGUUAUUUAUGAAGGCAAAAGUGGACAUAUCUUGUCAUAUGAUAAUAUUAAGAAUGCCCGAGAAGGGACUAGGAGUCCAAGAACAGCUCAUGAAAUCAGUUUAAAGAGAAGCUAUGAAUCAGUGGAAGGAAAUAUAAAGCAAGGGAUGUCAAUGAGGGAGUCUCCUGUAUCAGCACCGUUAGAGGGGCUGAUAUGCCGAGCAUUACCCAGGGGGAGUCCUCAUUCUGACCUCAAAGAAAGGACUGUAUUGUCUGGCUCCAUAAUGCAGGGGACACCAAGAGCAACAACUGAAAGCUUUGAAGAUGGCCUUAAAUAUCCCAAACAAAUUAAAAGGGAAAGUCCUCCCAUACGAGCAUUUGAAGGUGCCAUUACCAAAGGAAAACCAUAUGAUGGCAUCACCACCAUCAAAGAAAUGGGGCGUUCCAUUCAUGAGAUUCCAAGGCAAGAUAUUUUAACUCAGGAAAGUCGGAAAACUCCAGAAGUGGUCCAGAGCACACGGCCGAUAAUUGAGGGUUCCAUUUCCCAGGGCACACCAAUAAAGUUUGACAACAACUCAGGUCAAUCUGCCAUCAAACACAAUGUCAAAUCCUUAAUCACGGGGCCUAGCAAACUAUCCCGUGGAAUGCCUCCGCUGGAAAUUGUACCAGAGAACAUAAAAGUGGUAGAACGGGGAAAAUAUGAGGAUGUGAAAGCAGGCGAGACCGUGCGUUCCCGGCACACAUCAGUGGUAAGCUCUGGCCCCUCCGUUCUUAGGUCCACACUGCAUGAAGCUCCCAAAGCACAACUGAGCCCUGGGAUUUACGAUGACACCAGUGCACGGAGGACCCCUGUGAGUUAUCAAAACACCAUGUCCAGAGGCUCACCCAUGAUGAACAGAACUUCUGAUGUUACAAUUCCUUCUAACAAGUCUACCAAUCAUGAAAGGAAAUCGACACUGACCCCUACCCAGAGGGAAAGUAUCCCAGCGAAGUCUCCAGUGCCUGGGGUGGACCCUGUCGUGAGCCACAGUCCGUUUGAUCCCCAUCACAGAGGCAGCACUGCAGGAGAGGUUUAUCGGAGCCACCUGCCCACGCACUUGGAUCCAGCCAUGCCUUUUCACAGGGCUUUGGAUCCUGCAGCAGCUGCUUACCUGUUUCAGAGACAGCUUUCACCAACUCCAGGUUACCCAAGUCAGUAUCAGCUUUACGCAAUGGAGAACACAAGACAGACAAUCUUAAAUGAUUACAUUACCUCACAACAGAUGCAAGUGAACUUGCGUCCAGAUGUGGCCAGAGGACUCUCCCCAAGAGAGCAGCCACUGGGUCUCCCAUACCCAGCAACGAGAGGAAUCAUUGACCUGACCAAUAUGCCUCCAACAAUUUUAGUGCCUCAUCCAGGGGGAACAAGCACUCCUCCCAUGGACAGAAUCACUUAUAUUCCUGGUACACAGAUUACUUUCCCUCCCAGGCCGUACAACUCUGCUUCCAUGUCUCCAGGACACCCAACACACCUUGCAGCUGCUGCAAGUGCUGAGAGGGAACGGGAGCGGGAGCGGGAGAAGGAGCGGGAGCGGGAACGGAUUGCUGCGGCUUCCUCCGACCUCUACCUGCGGCCGGGCUCAGAACAGCCUGGCCGACCUGGCAGUCAUGGAUAUGUUCGCUCACCUUCCCCUUCAGUAAGAACUCAGGAGACCAUGUUGCAACAGAGACCCAGUGUUUUCCAAGGAACCAAUGGAACCAGUGUAAUCACACCUUUGGAUCCAACUGCUCAGCUACGAAUCAUGCCACUGCCUGCUGGGGGCCCUUCAAUAAGCCAAGGCCUGCCAGCCUCCCGUUACAACACUGCUGCGGAUGCCCUGGCUGCUCUUGUGGAUGCUGCAGCUUCUGCACCCCAGAUGGAUGUGUCCAAAACAAAAGAGAGUAAGCAUGAAGCUGCCAGGUUAGAAGAAAAUUUGAGAAGCAGGUCAGCAGCAGUUAGUGAACAGCAGCAGCUAGAGCAGAAAACCCUGGAGGUGGAGAAGAGAUCUGUUCAGUGUUUAUACACUUCUUCAGCCUUUCCAAGUGGCAAGCCCCAGCCUCAUUCUUCAGUAGUUUAUUCUGAGGCUGGGAAAGAUAAAGGGCCUCCUCCAAAAUCCAGAUAUGAGGAAGAGCUAAGGACCCGAGGGAAGACUACCAUUACUGCAGCUAACUUCAUAGACGUGAUCAUCACCCGGCAAAUUGCCUCGGACAAGGAUGCGAGGGAACGUGGCUCUCAAAGUUCAGACUCUUCUAGUAGCUUAUCUUCUCACAGGUAUGAAACACCUAGCGAUGCUAUUGAGGUGAUAAGUCCUGCCAGCUCACCUGCGCCACCCCAGGAAAAACUGCAGACCUAUCAGCCAGAGGUUGUUAAGGCAAAUCAAGCCGAAAAUGAUCCUACCAGACAAUAUGAAGGACCAUUACAUCACUAUCGACCACAGCAGGAAUCACCAUCUCCCCAACAACAGCUGCCCCCUUCUUCACAGGCAGAGGGAAUGGGGCAAGUGCCCAGGACCCAUCGGCUCAUCACACUUGCUGAUCACAUCUGUCAAAUUAUCACACAAGAUUUUGCUAGAAAUCAAGUUUCCUCGCAGACUCCCCAGCAGCCUCCUACUUCUACAUUCCAGAACUCACCAUCUGCUUUGGUGUCUACACCUGUGAGGACUAAAACAUCAAACCGUUACAGCCCAGAAUCCCAGGCUCAGUCUGUCCAUCAUCAAAGACCAGGUUCAAGGGUCUCUCCAGAAAAUCUUGUGGACAAAUCCAGGGGAAGUAGGCCUGGAAAAUCCCCAGAGAGGAGUCACGUCUCUUCGGAGCCCUACGAGCCCAUCUCCCCACCCCAGGUUCCGGUUGUGCAUGAGAAACAGGACAGCUUGCUGCUCUUGUCUCAGAGGGGCGCAGAGCCUGCAGAGCAGAGGAAUGAUGCCCGCUCACCAGGGAGUAUAAGCUACUUGCCUUCAUUCUUCACCAAGCUUGAAAAUACAUCACCCAUGGUUAAAUCAAAGAAGCAGGAGAUUUUUCGUAAGUUGAACUCCUCUGGUGGAGGUGACUCUGAUAUGGCAGCUGCUCAGCCAGGAACUGAGAUCUUUAAUCUGCCAGCAGUUACUACAUCAGGCUCAGUUAGCUCUAGAGGCCAUUCUUUUGCUGAUCCUGCCAGUAAUCUCGGGCUGGAAGACAUUAUCAGGAAGGCUCUCAUGGGAAGCUUUGAUGACAAAGUUGAGGAUCAUGGAGUUGUCAUGUCCCAGCCUAUGGGAGUAGUGCCUGGUACUGCCAACACCUCAGUUGUGACCAGUGGUGAGACACGGAGAGAGGAAGGGGACCCAUCACCUCAUUCAGGAGGAGUUUGCAAACCAAAGCUGAUCAGCAAGUCGAACAGCAGGAAAUCUAAAUCUCCUAUCCCUGGGCAAGGCUACUUAGGAACCGAACGGCCCUCUUCAGUCUCCUCUGUACAUUCAGAAGGGGAUUACCAUAGGCAGACGCCAGGGUGGGCCUGGGAAGACAGGCCCUCUUCAACAGGCUCAACUCAGUUUCCUUAUAAUCCUCUGACUAUGCGGAUGCUCAGCAGUACUCCACCAACACCGAUUGCAUGUGCUCCCUCUGCUGUGAACCAAGCAGCUCCUCACCAACAGAACAGGAUCUGGGAGCGAGAGCCUGCCCCACUGCUCUCAGCACAGUACGAGACCCUGUCGGAUAGUGAUGACUGAACUGCACAAAGUGAGGGGAACAGGGUGCAGGAGAGGGAUCUCUAGUUUUUGUGGUUUAAUUUUUAGUAGCAGGUCAAAAACCUGCCCUCCUAUGACUUAUUCCCUGAGACUUUUCAGGAGAGCCAGCCCACAGAUGAUGAAGAAAUGAUGGAAAUUCAUUUGGAGAGUCAAAUGGGAAAAAAACAAACAAAAAACUGCCUUUGAUACAGGCAAUUCAGUGGACUAUAAUAAUAGCGGAGGGUUGAGAUGUAGAGUUUUUAAAAAGUGGACAGUUGCUGUUCUUACAUCUGUUUGUAAAGAAAACCAUAAUGUCUUUAAAUCACUCUUCUGUAAAUAGAUGACCUUUUUGCAGUGUAUAUCCCCUUGCUGUAGUAUCUGGUGUACUUAUGUUCAAAUCAGCGCAUCAACUUUGGGGGUGAUUUUUAAAAAUCUUUUUGUCUAUCUUUUUAACCCUAGCCUUCUAAACAACCUCAUACAGCCCAGUUACAUAAUGUUGGCUGUCACGGGCAUUGUACUUUUAUCUGAUUUUGUUUCCUCUAAAUUCAGCUUUCCAGUGAUGUUUAAAAUCUUGUGAACAUGUUUAGAUUUUUAACACAGACCCUGUCAUAAAAUCUGUACAUUAGGGCCAAAAGGUAACAAAUUCUGCCAUAUUGUAAAUUUCCAGUGCAGGCUUUAAUUUUUUUUUUUUCAUUAGUAGCACUGAAAAAAUAUUACUGCAUGGGUAUGUUCUAGUUCAGUUUAUAAAGUUUUAAAGGCUUAUUUGAGGCAUACCUCACUGUUAUGCACACUGGUAAUUUAACCAUGCCCCUAAGUAUUCCUUUUCUCCUGCAUUUGAUGCAGCCCAACAAAGCUUUUGUUUUGAAAUAAAUUUGACUACCCUGUCCAUA